CUCUUCUCCAAAUCUAAUAAUCUUCUUGUUGUUGUUCCACUUCCAUCACUUUCAAGAUGACCACUCUCUGCUACUCUGUCCCUGUGCUUGAUGAACAAGAUCCAGGUUUCGAGUUCAAGAACAGUUCCGCGUCCUUCCGAAAGAUGAAGACACCUGCUAUUCGCUGUCUUGCCUCCUCACUGGUCAUCGCUGCUCUCGUGCCGACGCCGAUGGUGGUUCCUGUAGUCACUGCGGCGCCAGUGACAAAAGGUGGAUACGUGUCCUCUACUGGUGCCGAUGGCCAAACUGGCACGUCUGGUUCCGGGCAACCUGCCGGUUUCUUAUGGAACUACUGGACCUUCUACUUCUUAGUACUCAUGAAACUACUGGACCUUCUACUUCUUACUCACAGUCAUGCUCCUGGUGCUUUAAGAUCAUUCUUCUUGUCCUCACAUCUACCACGACUACUCCUACUGCGUUAUAUCCUGCAUUCUUCUUCUUGUCCUCACAUCUACUUCAUAAUUUAUACACACCACUCCUACUGUGUUGUCAUCCUCUUCCUUUACAUCUCUAAUCUCAUCUCGUACCAUCUCCGGAUCAUCUGGCACGGAUCUAGGCUUUCUUUCCCCUGCCAGCGUCCAGAUGGACCGAGGAGCGGAGAUUUCUUCCAUAGUCUACAGCGAAUAUCCGGAUGAGAGCUUUUCAGCAAACCAGAUCUUUGAACUGCGGUCGAGUGGGAAGACAGUGGUUAUGGAGGGAGGUCAUGACUGAGUAAUUAACCUGAUUCUGAUAGAUGUUGUUGCUCAACGAACACGCGGUUGCUGGGGUCAGGAGCCACCUAACUUGUGUUCCACAACUUUCUCUUUGUUCAUUUCUAUCCAACAACUUUGAUUCAUUUCUAUUUGUCGACAAGCACACCAACACCAAGAAACGUUCUCGAUUCUAACUCAUGCGAAGCCUACGAUGGACUAAAGGCAGGACAAAUGCUCGUACGGGCUACUCAUAUUUCAGUCCUGCCUCUCGCUCGAGCUCACCUGGACUUCAGCCAAGGACCAGGAAUCAACACCGGGGCUUCUGAUUAUGAAACUCAAACUGAUUCACAAACAGCUGAUGAUCCAAAUCCAUUACCCGCUACUUUGAUAGUAAGUAUCACUUUUUGUCAUAGUCAUUCCAAUGAUAGUUGGACCUCCUAGCAGCUUCUUCUAACACUGUAUUAAGUGAAAAUUAUAAUAGUGCCUCCUUCUUCUUGAUUCACACACAGCUGAUGAUUCAAAUCCAUUGACACCCUUCUUCUACUUUCUUCUAGUUCUAAGUGCCCCUCGGUCUCCCAGGCACACAACUUGGUGAAGAGGCUGCUGGCGAAUGCGUGGCCAGAGUGCUGGCCAGCAAAAGCGAGCUCUACUCUGUCGGAGAUCUCGUCUUCAUUAACGGCCAUGUGUGGAAUUACCGCGUUAUUGCGGAAACCGGAGAGUAAUUAUAUUUUCUUUUUUCUGAAAAAUAAAGGUGGUCUUGAAUAUAUUUGAUAUAAUAUAUUUUCUUUUUUCAUCAUCUGAAAAAAGAUCUUGAAUAUAUUUGAAAUCUACUUUUCGACUUCGUGCUGGUUCGACUACAACAUGAUGUAGUACUUACUACGAAGCAAGUGCUGAGUAAAAAUGUACUUAUCGGAUAAUACCGAAAAUACGUGGUCAACGACGAAUGAGUCAACAUCGCCCUAAACCCUAAAUCCUCAGGGAAAUCGGCUUUUUUCCCGUCUCCGUUCCUGACGAGGAAACUACCAGCACAAAUGCGACAUCCAAGAAGAGUCAUGGUGCUCCGAAACGUGUUAUUCCGCCAAGAAAAUUGCCUCCAGGUGUGCCUCCUGGAACCUUUCUGUCCGCGUUCACCGUUCCUGCUGGGAUCACGUCGUACCUCGCGUUCAAAAAAUCGAAUGUUGGAAAGAUUUUUCUUACGACUUGAUUUUUCUCUUGUUUCGACUUCGUUUCAACGCAUUUCCCAUCCCAGCUUGCUACCUGGUAGACCUAUGUCAGCCUCUUUUCACUUGUCAAAUCUUUUAGAAUCCCGCAACACUCCCCAUCUUCUCCUUUCAUAUCCUUCCAAGAAAAAGCAGAAAAUCCAACAGUAAAGCGAACUGUCGUUGUCUCGUCUGCUGCUGGCGCUGUCGGAGUAAUCAUGGCCCAACUCUACAAAAACAAUGGCGAUCGCGUCAUCGGAAUCACCUCCACGGUAGCAAAAGCAACACGUUUGGUAGACGAAUUUGGCCUAGACGCAGCAGUCGCCUACAAAGAUGGAAAGGCGGUUUUUAGCAAGAAGAAUUAUGAUGUGGGAAGAACACCUGAGUCUGAGGAUGUUGACCUCUGUGGAGAUAACGAAACUGCUAGUCCAUCUACAACAACAUCCUGCAAAUCUUCAACAGCGGCGAUUAUUUCAGGCACGAAAGGGAUCUCUCUUCUAGCCCAAGAAGACGAACAAAAAACGCAGUCCUCAAGAAGAUCUUUCGACACAGUGUUGCGUGAAGCGAUAGUUGGCGCUUUGGAACUAGACACUGAAGAGGGAACCACGACUACCCCUUCCUUGAUCGAUCUUUUCUUAUGGCAACCAAAUUCACAGAGUACUACUUCUUAGACAAACUCGAGCUGAAACACAUAAGACUGACAGUAUGAACUACAGCACAUUCUGAUUCUACCUUUUCAACAACAACGAACCUGCUGUCUUCAUCAAUUUUUUUUCCACCCCACCCGAACUUCUUUUUGCCCCCACUUCUAAGUUCUAUCGACAAUGUUGGCGGUGCUCAAUUGGAUGGAGCUAUGACCUUGAUGAAGCCUCAGGGGAAGAUCUUGACGGUAGGUGCCAUGUCAGAGAUUGAGAACUACGCGAGCGGCAAAGUUCGAGGAUGCAAGGAAUACCUGCGCAUGAGUGCAAGAGAACUACUGUGGGGAGGGUUUAUGGUACUUCUUAUAAAUUCAAGAAGUUAUAGUUAGACAUUCACGUUGCUUGUCAGCGUUCUGUGAUGGAUAUUCUUGCGCAGUGAGUGUGUAAAGAAAAUGGACGAGACCUUCUCGAGAACGAUCGAAGAAACCGGGAGUCUCUUUCUCUCUCUUCUAAGUACUUCAUCGCUUCUUCUCUCCGCCAACACCAUGCACUUCUACUUCAGGUAACCGCUCAUCUUCAGCACUUCUUCUCUCCACCAACACCAUCCAACUCUUCUACUUUAGGUAACCGCUCAUCUUCAGCACAUCCCAGAAGCGAUCGGAGCUUUGGGGCAGCUCUUAGGUUCAGGCAAACUGAAAACGGCAGAAACGUAUAUCCCAGGAAAGUCCGUCGGCGAUUGGUUGGCCGCCGAUGACUCUGUACAUGCGAGUCAAGGCUUUGGGAGGAGUGUCUUGGUGUUGGAAGAAUGAGGAAAUGGAAGAAUACGAAGCGGUCGAGUCUUCAUAAAGUAGCAAUGCUCGAUUACAUAUGAUGAUUCCUCUUUCUACUUUUAGGCUAUUCCUUCUUGCAAUACAUAUGAUGAUGAAAGGUACAACUUACCAAGGGACUGUAUGAGAUGAAUACGACCAAAUUUACGGAUGGUUUUUUUUUGAAAAAGUUGUUUCGCACAACUUGUGUAAAAAAGGUUGAGGUCCUAGAUGAAAAAAUGCUGAUGUAGGUGAAGGUUUUUCGUUUCUUUUGAAAUCUAGCGAUUUGCAUUUGGUUUUCGAUUUCGAAGAUUUAUUGGUGUUACUGAAGUCGAAAUUAACCUACAUUGAUUCAUUGCAAAUAGAAUGUCAGACAAUGCUAGUGAUCGUAGUGGUUCGUGUGCCGGGUUGAUGAUUCAUAAUAUGGGCGGUGGUGAAUGCUGUCACUGCCAGUUGCUGUCUACAGUCAUGAAGAAUCUCACAAGCGCUUUUGCAUGCAAGCUACAGACUACCCAACAUUUUUUUGAAGCCAAUGAACUAGUACAAUGGCAUACUGAAAGGACUUCAACAUACAGUGAGAUUUUUCUCAUCUGUCAGGGUAUCUCCAGUUUGUGGCGCCAUUAAAGCUACUGUC